GACAAAUCCUAAUGAGCGACGGACAAAUCGCUCGACCUUUCUAGUUCUCCCCAUUUCCUCUCUUCACCCUUCUGAAGAAAUCGGAGUCACCUCUCUCAGGAACGGGAAGCACCAGAAGAAGAUAACAAUGGCGUCUUCGGCAGCUAAGGUUUCGUGUAGAGCGGUUUCAGUCAUUCUUCUACUUGUUGUUGCCUUCUAUGUGGGUCGUCCUCUGUACUGGAAACUCUCUGCAACAAUUCACGAGAUCCGAGAGAAGAGACAGACCGUGAAAGAAGGGAUAUCGCAAUUCGUUCUAGAGGCCCGGAAAUCUGUUGGCUGGGUUCAUGACGAAUCAGAUUCCGGGUUCAGUGGAGAUCGCGGGAGAAGUAAGGCGAGAGUGGCGAGCACAAGGCGUAUUCUUGGGUUUUCUGACUUCAACCGUAGCCAACGAUGAGGUUUUGUACAAUUUCUGGUUAAUUUUCUGUCUAAUGGUUGCUUGAUUGCAACAAUUGGAGAACCUUUUCGUGAUGUACCAUGUCAACUCGUUCGUUUGAUUCACAGUUUCUUUAUCUAAGUUAAGAAUAUAAGCUGAUCUGGCAUUACCCAGAGCUGGGGAUUAGUAACAUCACAAUGGUUGUAGACUCUUCCAUGUCGUGGGUUAUUUUUCUGAUAAUGAAUACAGAAAGCUGCUAUGGUUUCUAA